AUGCUGGCCGAAGAGCGACGCAGCGAGGCAAAACAGUGCCACGUGGCCGCCGCGCGGCCGCGCCUGCCGCCCGAGGGCGGCGCUCGGGAACUGCUCGUGGCUCUCACGCCCGGCGCGGGGGUCCUUCGCCGCCCUGGGGCUCGGCAGCGGGCUGGCGAGCCCCCGGGGGCUCGGCAGCGGGCUCGCCUGCUCGCGGAUGCUGUCCAGGGGCGGCCCCGAUGGCCUCGCCGCCGCCGCCAUGGCCGCCGCCCCCGGCGCCAGCUGGGCGCUGCCGGGAGCCGGAUGGCCGGGUCGGCCGGGGGCGGGGGCGGCGCGGGGCCCCGCGCGGCUCGGCCCGGCGGCGGCGGCGCGGCGGUGCCGUGGGCAGCGCUUUGCGGCGGCGGCCUCCUCGUGGACGGUGUCGACGGGGUCGGGGUCGCCCGGCAGCCACCCGCCGUGGCAGUCCAAGGGGUCCUGCGGCUGCACCGAUCUCAGGGGCGCUGGCGGCUCCGCUUGGCAGAUGGGCUGCGCCGGCUGCGACGGCACGCCUGGGCGGCGGCGGCGGCGGGGGCGCGCCCAGCGGGGCCGGCGACUUCGCGGAGUCCUGCAGCGUCCGCCGAUGUGGCGGCCGAGGCGAUCCUGGCGGAGGCCUCCGGGGGCCGCCCAGCGGGGUCCCCCGCGGGGUCCGCGGCGUCAAGACCGAGGAGGCCGCGGCAGGGCGCCCGCGGUCCUUGCGUGGCCCAGUGGUCGUCGUCCGCCCACCCCGGGACCAGGUGGGCGAAGACGAUCUCUGGGGUUCCUCGGGCGGCCCCAGGCUCUCGUGGCAGAAGCCGCCGGCCAGCUUGCAAGCGUACGCCGCGGCCUCGUCGACGGAGGCGUGGCCGGCGAUCGCCGACUGGCCCAUGGCGCGGCCGCCAGAGCGAGGGAUGGAGGGAGAAGGAGUUUGAAG